AUGGAUUCAGACACGACUACAACGGUCAUCGACCAUCUCACCAUUGGCAGAAUACGCGGAAUCAAAUACUCAGAGGCCAGUAAUCGAUUCCUGGGUAUGCAAUAUGCCACGCUGAAGGACCGAUUCUCACGUGCGGAGCUCGUUCGGUACUCGGAUCACGACCAGGCUCGCGCAAGCAAUGGCAUCUUGGAUGCAACGAAGUUUGGGCCAGUGGGUUUGAUCUCUCCCAAUGCCUGCGAGCUUGAACAAGGUCUCGUGCAAAAGGCUCUUCCUUUUGUGCCUUUGCCCAUAUCGGACACCGAGUGUUUGACAUUGAAUAUCACUGCACCGAGUUUGGCGAGCACGACUUCGCAGGCGUAUUUGCUUCCGGUGUUGGCAUUUGUCCAUGGGGGAGGCUUCACGACGGGCAGUAGCUCGUUUCCACAAAACGAGUUGGCGCGGAUCACAGAAGUCAGCAUUCAAGCUGGCAUGCCCAUGAUAUCAGUGAACAUUAACUACCGCGUUGGCGCUCCCGGAUUCCUCCAUUCUCCUGACAUGGCGGCAGUUGGUUACAGAUCCAACAAUGGUCUCCAGGACCAGCGGCUGGCACUGUAUUGGAUCCAAGAGCAUAUCGCUGGAUUUGGGGGCGAUCCACAGCGUGUCACUUACCUGGGAGAGAGUGCUGGAGCAACCUCGGGCUUUUAUCACCUCCACAAUCCGGGGCCUUACUUUCACCAAUUCGUGUCUAUGAGUGGCACAGCAUUGUUACGCCCACGACCGACAGCCGCGGUCCACAUAUCCUUCCAACGCAUAUGUGAGGCGCUGGGUGCCAAAGAUGAGGAUAGUCCUCGGGUCAAAGUGAACAGACUUGUGAAUACACCCAGUGAAGACUUUGUGACAAGGACAGCGCGUCCAUAUAUCUUAGGGCCGAUCGUGGAUGAGGAGAUUAUCCCAAGAGUUACGACUUUUGAGUCACUGCGAGAAGAAGCAGAAUUUGUGAAGCUGUUCCCGGGGGUACUUCAAUGCAAAAGAUUGCUGAUUGGUGACUGUCAAUUUGAUGGUAUGAUAUGGGCAUCUCGUCUCGCCGGUCGUGAGGAUGUCUUUCCCCGAACACUCCUGGGAUGUCUGGCCGAGAUCUUCGACCCCAUCGACCCAAGCGUUGCCGAAAGACUCGCUCGAGCAUAUCAUCUCGACGCCUCGACGCCGAUCAACACUCCCGAGACCACGCAAUCGGUGCUCGAGUUCGGCAACGACAUCACCUUUUUUCUCCCCGCGCGUGAAUUCGCCAAAGCAUGGGCACGAUCCGUGCCUUCAUCUGACCAAAUUAGCGGCCGAGUCUCUUUUCUCUACCACUUCAACGCCUCGAACCCUUGGCCCGGUCCGUGGACAGGUCAGUCUACCCACGACUUGGACCUCAUGUUUGCGCUGCAGAACUAUCGAGAGCACCUAUCUCCAGGCCAGCAACGAUGUGGGGAUAAAGUUGCCCUUGACUUGAUCCGCUUCGUGCAUGGAGAAGAUCCUUGGCCUGCCUUCGAUGCUAAAGGGUCGAACCGUUGCCAAGCGAUGGUGUAUUCUGCCCCCACUGACAGGGAGACGGAUGAGUCUGAGUAUGUGGACGUUCAAAAUGAGAUUAGGUGUAGGAGUGGAAAUGUUGAUGGAUUCGAUCAAUUGACAGGGCGGCGAACACUCAUUCAGAUGACUGUCAAGGAACAAUAUUUCGACAGGCUUUUUGAUGCUUGGAACUUGUUCAUGUUAGGACCACGAUGA